UCCAUUUUUAUUUUAUUUUUAAAAUUUCAUCUCUCUCUGCUUCUUGAUUUUUGAGUGUGUCUUCAAAUAAAGCUGUCUGUUUCGAAAAUGUGCAUGCGUUACAUUACUACUCUCUCUCUCUCUCCUCAUCUUGGGUCUUCUUCUGGUUUUAUGUCGUUGUUACUUGUUCCUAUUAACUCACAAUCAGCCAACGACAAUCAUCUUUCUUUCUUUUUCAUAUUUAGUUCACACACUCUUUUAACUAUUUCUACAUAUUCUCCAAGUUACCUUCAGAAUCUCAAAUGCAAAGACCUCACCUUUCUUUAAGAUUUUCAUAACAACUACAUAACCUUCGAGGCUCCACCAACUUUGGCUUCUGUCUUAGUUAAAUCCUCUGCAGAAAAGACCCAAAAUGCCAAGACCAAGAGUUUCAGAGUUAUCUCAGAGACAAGCUCCGAAGUUGAGGACAACGUCAUCUACUUCUGACUUGAGUCACCCCAACCGUCUGAUCAACACUGACCGGAGUUCCAAGCUUGGUGUUGACUGUAGAUCUCCUAGAAGCGGUGGGCCUCGCAGUGAACCUCUUGGUCAGAAGAAACUUGGGGGACGAAUAUUGGAUCUGGAGUCGCAGUUAGGACAAGCACAAGAGGAACUGAGAUUGCUCAAAGAGCAAUUGGCUAGUGCUGAAGCUGUCAAGAAACUAGCUCAAGAUGAGCUUCAUCAUGAUAUCAAAUCUAAGAAACCAAACCUUCAGGCUCGAGUGGAGGCUGAUACAAUCGAUAGAGACCAGAAAGAGACCGAUGUGUUUGAGGUUCCUGUUGAGAAGAUUGCUGUAGUAAAAGAAGAAGCUGAGAACUUGGUUGCGAAGGAAGAUGAGAUCAAGAUGUUGAAAGCUAGACUGUACGAUAUGGAGAAAGAACAUGAAUCACUAGGCAAAGAAAACGAGAGCUUGAAGAGUCAGCUGAGCGAUUCGGCGACAGAGAUGUCUAACGUGAAAGCUAAUGAAGACGAGAUGGCUUCAAAGGUGAGUCGGAUGGGGGAAGAGUUAGAAGAAAGCAGAGGAAAGACAGCUCACUUAAAGGAGAAGCUCGAGUCCGUAGAAGAAGCGAAAGAGGCUUUAGAGGCUGAAAUGAAGAAACUUAGAGUUCAAACCGAGCAGUGGAGAAAGGCGGCAGAUGCUGCAGCUGCGGUUCUUUCUGGAGAGUUUGAGAGGGAUCGAUCUCGGUCAGCGGAGAAGUGUUUUGCAGGUGGGUUGUUUGACCCGAAUGCGGAGGUUGGGUUCCUGGAACCGCCGGGGGUGGCUGAGGAUUCUGAUGAUGGAUUGGGAAGUGGGAAGAGGAGGAGUUCCGGGAUGAAGAUGUUUGGUGAGUUGUGGAAGAAGAGAGGACAGAAGUGAGUUGCAGUUGCUCACCAUUUCUGUUUUUUUUCCUUCUUCUAAUUGGGAUGCAUUUUGCUGUAUUUAUGUGAAGACUUUUGUAAGUUGGGUCAGCUUCAUCAUCAGAAGCUAACUAUCAAUCCAAAUCAUUAGCAGA